ACGAAAAUGCUUCUAUUGAAUGUGGUGUUUAUAGACACCUGCUAAUAUUGCAGCCUGUUUGUCCAAAGGCAGAAGCCGAGAAGAGUCGGAUGCAUGGCCAAAAAAUUGUUAAAACACAGAAUUAUGACCGGAAACGCCUUCUCCACCAGGUGAAGUGCUCCGUAAAAUGUAGAGUAGGCAUUCCAUGCGACGGUGCCAAGGGGCAAUCGGCACCAAAUUCCUCACUUAUCUUAUUACCAUCUUUUCCGACUGACUAGGGACCUGGGGCUCCAAACGAGGGCGAUGCUCUGCGUUUAGCAGUCAUGACAGACCGAGUUACGACCGGGAUGUUGGCGAUGGCACCACCCUUGUAACCGAUGGCGCGAUCCGCGUGUUUCAGCAACGACGGCCGGGAGAUCUGCUCUUCACCUUGUCGGGCGGGUCCAAAGCAAAACCGGAGCGCAGGAUUGAGAUUCGUGAUUUGUGGCCGGCAUGUCACCAGCGGAUAUUCGCUCCCGUGCUUCCAAGGCCAGCCUUUAAGAGUACGCUCUGCCGCCUGUCCUCCGCUGCCUCCAGGUUGCCCUUAGCCUGUCGUUUCUGAACGGUCGUCACGAAGAACAACAGGGCAAGCGAUCUACCUGUCCCAAGGUAUUGCUUGCCACCGCACUCCCUACUCUUCCAGCCCUCUGUACUCGCGGAAGCACUUGUGGUCACCACCACUCCAACCAUCAUGACGGUUACACAGGGUCCAAUCCUCGUGGCUGAAGCGCAAUCUCAAUCCUUCCGGCAUAUAGACGCAAAGGGUGCGGCAGCGGUUUCCGACAUCGCCGUCCCGGCCGUCGUGGAAACUCCUGGCCAAACUAGAUACCUGGUUGUUUCGCCGUACCACGAGCAGGAGCACCUUCUAGAUCUCGAGAGCCUUGAUACCGAGAACCAGCUUCUCGCCCUUGCCUUGACUGAGCUGCGGUGCCUGCGGCAGGACUAUGCCACUGCGCCAUAUGUCGACACCUUUAACUGGGGAGAAAUUAUUGAGAAACUCCGAACACUGGCUCGGAGACGCAAUCACGCGUGGAGGAAAACAUCCUUUUUUGUUGUCGCCUUUCGCUCUCGCAUACCACCAACGACGGUGUAUGCUGAGCUAGGUGCGCUGGAUAAGGCGGCUCAUGCCGAAGCGACUGCAAGCGGUGGUUUUCUGAAGUACUGGUUUGGAAGUCCUGAUGCCAGGGGCCGCAACUUGGCGACCUGCAUCUGGAGAUCGCAGGAGGAUGCAACGAAAGGAGGUGCUGGUCCCGCUCAUCGCAAGGCGGCUAGUGCUGCGCGGUCCUUGUACUCCUUCUGGAAGAUAGACCGCAUGAAGUUGACCAUCGAAGACGGCAUCGAGGACUGGGCCAUCACAGAAUGGGACGAGUGAGGAGACUGAAGGGCGGGGAAGUAGAAAAGGAGACACAGCUGGCGUUCAGGAAGUGCGCGUGCUUGCUUGAUUCUUCGGUAGCGAUAGCGUCAUUCAUAGAGGGUAUAGAGGCAAAUAAAGGCGGCGUUCUUUGCUG